AUGGAGCAGUUCCAGGGUAUCGUGGAGCACUUCAUGGCACAGCUGCCGCAGUGGGAGGCGUACUGCGACACGCCCGACCCGCACGCGCAGCCGCUGCCCGCACCAUGGAACACCAAGUUGGAUAUGUUUGAGAAAAUGAUGGUGCUACGAUGUAUGCGUUUAGAUAUGAUGGUGCCGGCUGUCCAAAACUUUGUCGAAGCUCAAAUGGGCCGCCAGUUUGUGGAACCGCCGCUUUUUGAUUUGGCAUCUUCGUAUGCGGACUCGCACUGUUGUAUUCCGCUCUUGUUUGUUCUAACUCCAGGAUCAGAUCCGAUGGGCACACUGCUUAAGUUUGCUGAUGAUCAGGGUUUUGGAUCAUCGCGUCUGUUUUCAUUAUCUCUCGGACAAGGCCAAGGCCCAAUCGCAGUGAAACUAAUUGAUGAAGGCGUCCGAAGCGGCACGUGGGUUGUGUUGCAAAACUGUCACUUGGCUAAGAGUUGGAUGCCCAUGUUGGAAAAGAUCUGCGAAGGUUUUACACCAGACUCUACGCAUCCGGACUUCAGGCUGUGGCUGACGUCGUACCCGGCCGACCACUUCCCUGUCUAUGUUUUGCAAAACGGGGUAAAGAUGACCAACGAACCGCCUCAAGGACUCCGCGCGAACAUAGCCCGAUCAUACCAAAGCGACCCCAUCAACGACCCGGAGUGGUUCGAAGGCAACAAGCAGCCGGAGGUGUUCAAGAAGCUGCUGUUCGCGCUGUGCUUCUUCCACGCGGUGGUGCAGGAGCGCCGCCAGUUCGGCCCGCUCGGCUGGAACAUACGCUACGAGUUCAACGAGACUGACCUGCGCAUCAGCGUUACGCAGCUGUACAUGUUCCUCAACGAAUAUGAUGAUGUGCAAUUCGUAGCGCUGCGUUACCUCACGGGCGAGUGCAACUACGGCGGCCGCGUCACCGACGACUGGGACCGUCGCUGCCUCAACACCAUUCUGAACAAGUUCUACAAUCCCGACGCGAUUGGCGAUCAGAAGUAUUGUCUCGAUCCCACUGGCACGUACUACAUCCCAACGCUGCGCGAGCACGCGGACUUCGUCGCGUUCGCGCGCUCGCUGCCGGCGGCGACGCCGCCCAGCGUGUUCGGCUUCCACUCCAACGCGGACAUCACCAAGCACUUCCGCGAGGCCGAGGAGCUCCUCGACACCGCCGUGCUCACGCAGGACACUGCGGCGGCGGGCGGCGCGGGCGCCACGCCGGAGCAGCAGGCGCUGGCGGUGGCGGAGGGCGUGCUGGCGCGCCUGCCGGCCGCCGUGCUGCGCGGGCGCGCGCGCGCCGCCGGCGCCGCGCCCCUCGCCGUGGUCGUGGUGCAGGAGGCGGCGCGCUACGAGCGCCUCGUCGCCGUCGUGCGCUCCAGCUCGCGCGCCGUCAUCGGCGCCGUGCAAGGCGUGAGCGUGCUGAACGACAUAACGGAGGAGGUGCUGACGAGCAUGGUGCGCGGGCGCGUCCCCGCGCUGUGGGCCGCCAAGAGCUACCCCUCGCUGAAACCGCUCGCCGCCUAUUUCAACGAUCUGCUCGCCAGGCUUGAAUUCUUACAGCACUGGCACGAGUACGGGCCGCCGGCGGUGUUCUGGCUGUCGGGCUUCUACUUCCCGCAGGCGUUCCUCACGGCGGCGCAGCAGAGCUACGCGCGCAAGUACCGCAUACCCAUCGACCAGCUCGCCUUCCACUACGAGGUCCAGCGGUCUCUCACCCUGGAGGAGCCGCCCGAGGAGGGCGUCUACAUCCGCGGCCUGUUCAUGGAGGGCGCGCGCUGGAACAUGGACGACUACAUCGUGGACGAGUCGCUACCUAAAGUGCUCUACGAUGAUUUCCCGCCGGUGUGGCUGGUCCCGCUGAGGCGCGAGGACGUGCCGGCGGGCGAGCUGUACCACUGCCCGCUGUACAAGACGGGCGCGCGGCGCGGCGAGCUGUCCACCACGGGCCACUCCACCAACUACAUCCUGUACAUGCGGCUGCCCACCGCGCGCGCGCCCGACCACUGGAUCAUGCGCGGCGUCGCGCUGCUCACGCAAUUGCCUUUC